AUGGGACCUAGGAAGAACAGGAUUGACACUGGAUGUGACUGCGAUGUAUGCGAUCGACCGAAUUACGCCAAGACUUGGAUGGUAGAAUGUAUGGGCUGUCGGAAAUGGUUGCAUUAUGACUGCGCUAACGUUACGCCCGGAGUGAAACAUCGUACCUUCUACUGCCUCAAGUGUACGGGUGGAAACACUACACCGACGAACAGCCGGAAUACAGGAGCACGGAAGAAGCAAGCCCCCGUUUUGCCCCCGGUUACGGAUGGAGACGCGGAGAGUGCUCUGGUAGACGAAAAUGCUGAAGGUCCAGCUGAACAGGUGCAUAGUUCUAAGAGUAGCAAUAAGAGUAGUCGUGAGAGCAAUAACAUUAGACUUGAUACUAACUCUAAACCAAGUGCUAGUAGACCUAAGCAGAAUAACUACGUAGCAGUCAGUAGUAAACCGAUUAGCGUAGCUAGUAAAUCAGAGCGUUCGUCAGUCAAAGUCGCGGGUAGUGUUCGCGAGCGAUUAGCAUUGCUUGAAGCCAAACAAGAUCUGGCUAGAAUGCGGUUAGAUGAGGAAGAAAAGCGUCGUAAAGAAGAUAGCGAUGCUAGGUUGAAAAGGUUGUCAAUGGAAGAGGAUUUUUUACGCGAAAAGUUGGAAAUUAUUGAUAGAGCUGAAAGUGUCCUGGAAAGUGAGUGGAGUAGAACGCAUAAAGUGCGAAAGUGGCUUGAUAAGCAGAAAAAAGAUGGACCAGAACUUGAAGAAGAGGAUAAUGCUGUUGGUGGAAGAAAACCUGAGGGAAAUUCCAGCCCAGUCCAACAUCCGGAAGUAAUGGUCGCGAGGUCUUGCAGUUCAGCGAAUCGGCACAAUCGACAUUCUACGAGGCUCUCGGAUUGCAGUUCGAGAACUGCAGCACAGGAACGCCGGGUAUCUACAAGAUUACCGCAACGAUCGUCGCACAUCGAAAACUCGUGGAAAGGACCCACUGCGGAACAAAUAGCUGCCAGGAACAUCUGGCCGAAAAAGCUGCCGACCUUUUCCGGUGAUCCGGAAACAUGGCCUUUGUUCAUCAACACGUAUGAGAAUGGGAACAUCGCGUGUGGGUUCAGCAACACCGAAAAUUUGAUCCGCCUUCAGGAGAGUUUGCAAGGAAACGCUCGAGCAGUGGUACAGAUGAAGCUAAUGGAACCCAAAUGUGUACCAUCUAUCAUCGAGGUCUUGAAACAGCUAUUUGGCAGACCAGAACUGUUGAUUAAGGCUCUAUUGGCCAAUUUAAGGAAGGUUUCGGCCCCACAUCCGGAAAAUUUGGAAUCGUUGUUGAGCUUUGGAGUAGCAGUGACACAAGUGUGUGACUACCUCGAAACAGCUAAGUUGGAUGCACAUCUGUCCAAUCCUACAAUUUUGGCCGAAUUGGUGGCCAAACUGCCAUCAUCGUAUCAGAUGGAAUGGGUGCGAUACAAACGUGCAUGCAACGAAUGCACAUUGAAGGAGUUCGGUGAGUUUAUGCAGCUACUCAUCUUUGACGCAAGUGAAGUGACUACGAUUACCUCAGGAAAGCUGAAACCCAUCAUGUUCGAUAAAAUCCAGUCUUCUAAAGGACAUUUUCACACACACAUGGAAAGCGAAGUGGAGGUGAAACCCAAAGGUGCCAGAAUACCAUGUGUGAGUUGCGCACGCACUGAUCAUCGUUUGCAAAACUGCGAUAUUUUCAAACGGCUCAGUGUACCUGAAAGAAAGAAAUUGAUCGAAAAGGAAAAGCUGUGUUCGUUAUGUUUUUUCGGUCACACAUCGGAAUGUAACUCCAAACGAAGGUGUGGUGUGAAUCAGUGCUCUGAACGUCAUCAUCCACUGCUUCAUCCAGAAAGAUUAUCAGGAGAAGAAAGCAGAGAACAGCGACAAACUGGAGGUAGGAGAGACAAUGGUGGGCCUUCAUAUGUCACAGCCAACUGCAAUGUCCACAGACCGGCCAAAAGAGCAAUCCUGUUUCACGUAGUUCCUGUUACGUUGCAUAACGGAGAGAACCAGAUCGAUGUGCUUGCGUUUUUGGAUGACGGUUCAUCGUUGUCUCUUCUCGAAGCCGAUGUGGCCUCCAAAAUUGGAAUUCAAGGAAUUCACCAGCCGUUGGAAAUGACUUGGACGUCGAACGUCACCAGAAGUGAGACUGCUUCUCAAAACGUCAGGAUCCAGAUUUCGCCUAGAGGAAGUUAUACCAAAAUCCAAAUGUGGAACGUGCACACGGUCAACCGCUUGAAUUUACCUUCGCAAAGCAUGAACACUUCGAUAAUGUGCAGCAGAUUUAAGCAUUUGAAAGGUUUGCCAGUAGAUAGUUACGCUGCGGAAGAACCGAAGCUAUUGAUCGGUUUAGAUCACGCCGACCUGUUGUAUCCGAUCGAGAGUCGGAAGGGUUUACCGGGUGAGCCGAUUGCGGUGCGCUCGGCCUUGGGAUGGUCCGUUUUUGGUCCAGUAGGAGAUGAAUUACCAGUUGCCGAAUACUGCAAUGUACACCGUUGUGCCUGUGAAAACUUGGACGAAAGGCUGCGUCAGUUUUAUGCGAUCGAAGAAGCUGGGAUUGAUAUUGGGAACCAACCUGAGAAGGAUGCUGACCGUAGAGCACGAGAAAUUCUGGAGGCAACAACUACCCGAAUCGGGAAAAGGUUCGAGACUGGUUUGCUGUGGAGAACAUCGGACGUUAAGUUUCCUUCGAGUAGCUACGCUAUGGCCGAAAAGAGGUUGAGGAGUCUAGAGCAUCGACUGGCGAAAUCCGAAGAGCUUCGAGAUAAUGUACACAGUCAAAUUAAUCAGUACAUCCAGAAGGGGUACGCGCAUAUCGCUUCGGAGGAAGAGCUGACCAAAACCAGUCCGGAGAAAACUUGGUAUUUACCAGUUAAUAUUGUGCUGAACCCUAAGAAGCCGAAUAAAGUGCGGCUCGUGUGGGAUGCGGCCGCCAAGGUUGAAGGAGUGUCUCUCAAUUCCCUUUUGUUGAAAGGACCUGACUUACUUACCGCACUGCCAACAGUGUUGAGCCGAUUUCGUGAGCGAAACAUUGGGUUUGGAGGCGACAUAGCCGAAAUGUUUCAUCAAGUGCGCAUCAGAAAUGAUGAUAAGCAUGCCCAACGAUUUUUGUUUAGGCCGAAUCCAUUAGCCAAGCCAAUCGUCUAUGUGAUGGACGUGGCGACUUUCGGGGCAGCUUGUUCGCCAUGCUCAGCACAAUUUAUUAAAAACAAGAAUGCAGAGGAGUUUACGGAGCGCUUUCCAGAAGCAUCUGAGGCCAUCGUCAACAAAACGUACGUCGACGACUACUUUGACAGCACGGACUCUGUUGCAGAAGCUAUUGAACGAGCACAACAGGUCAGAUGGAUUCAUCAAGAGGGCGGCUUCCACAUCCGCAACUGGGUGUCCAAUUCAACCGCGUUCUUAGAAGCGAUGGGUAGUUCAUCAGCGGAAAGUCUAGUGAAAGUGGGCGAAGACAAGAACAACUCUGUGGAUCGCGUUCUGGGAAUGUACUGGCAGGCAGAAACAGAUGUCUUCCUUUUCUCGACUUCUACCAGGGAAGACUUGGGACCAUUUCUGUUCCAGGGACAACGACCAACAAAACGAAUGGCGUUACGUUGUCUUAUGAGCCUGUUUGACCCUUUGGGCCUUUUGUCACCGUUAUUGGUUCAUGGGAAAAUCCUGUUACAAGAUGUGUGGAGAAGUGGAAUAACUUGGGAUGAAGAACUCAAAGAACCAGAAUUCCUGCAAUGGCUGAAGUGGACAUCACUGUUUUCCUGUCUUCAAGAUCUAUCUGUUCCACGCUGUUAUUUUGAAAAUUGCGAUCCUGCUGCGUACGAAUCCCUGCAACUCCAUGUGUUUGCUGAUGCCAGUGAGCAUGCGUAUGGCUGUGUGGCGUAUUUCCGUAUAGUAGAUGCGGGGCAACCUAAAUGCGCUUUGGUGAUGUCUAAGACUAGAGUUGCUCCGUUGAAACCUUUAUCAAUACCGAGGAUGGAGUUACAGGCAGCUGUUGCUGGUGCUAGAAUGACCAACGCGGUGCGGUCGAAUCAUUCCUUACCAAUACGAGAAUCUUUUUUGUGGAUAGACAACAAAGCAGUUCUUUCAUGGCUUUCUUCAGAUCCUCGGAACUACACGCCGUUCGUAGGGAACAGAGUUGCUGAGAUACACGAUCUAAUCGAUGUAAGAACUUGCCGAUGGGUUCCAACGAAAGACAACGUUGCUGACAUUCUAACCAAGUGGACCGGAGAAGCAGAGUUGAAAUCUUGCAGUCGAUGGUAUCAUGGUCCUCAGUUUUUACUAGAUUGCGAAUCUAGUUGGCCGGAAUCAGCGCUUCCAUCUCCGGGAACGCAGGAAGAACUUCGAGCAAAGUUUCUUUUUCAUGACGUGACAACAACAGCUGCUCUCAUCGAUCCAAGCCGUAUUUCAAGAUGGAAAAUAAUAGUAAGAACCGUGACGAUGGUAUACCGAUUUAUUGAAAACUGCCGCAGACGGCUUGCAAAGAAACCGAUAGUAGCUGUACCGAGGGGUAAUAUGCGAGCCCUUCUACAAUUUCCGGCAACAAUUACCCAAGUUCAACAGAAAGAAUAUCAACGUGCAGAAUUUCGUCUUUGGCAGAUGGCGCAGCAACAGGAAUUUCCUGAUGAAUACUCAAUUUUAGUAUUCAACCGAGACAAACCGGUGGACAAGUGGAAACCAUUGGAAAAGAGCAGUUUUCUAUACAACAAAUCUCCGUUCAUCGACGAGUUCGGAGUGAUGCGCAUGGAGAGCCGAAUAGAACACGCUGUAGAUCUUCCCUUUGAUCUUCGUUUUCCUGUCAUCCUUCCGCGGAAGAACCUUGUUACCACCAGACUAUUAGAAUACUUUCAUCGUCAGUUCGGACAUUCCAACCGAGAGACUGUAGUGAACGAAGUUCGCCAACGCUUCGUUAUACAAAAUCUUCGUGCUGCUAUCAGAGACGUGAUGAAGGCGUGCCAGUGGUGCAAGAUACGGAAAUGUAAACCAGAUCAUCCAAAGAUGGCUUCCUUGCCAAAGGAACGUUUGACGCCGCACAUUCGACCUUUCAGUUACGUCGGAAUCGAUUACUGUGGCCCGAUUGAAGUAACUGUGACCCGUCACAAGGAAAAGCGGUACAUUGCGGUGUUUACGUGUCUCGUGACCAGAGGCGUACAUCUUGAAGUUGCCCAUAGCCUAUCAACAGACUCCUGCAAGAUGGCGAUACGUCGCUUCGUGAAGAGGAAGGCCGCCCCUGUGAAAAUAUUUUCUGACAACGGGACCAACUUGGUGGGAGCCAGUCGAGAAUUAGCUGAGCAAUUACGACGAAUCAACGAAGCUUGUUCGGAGACCUUUACGGACGCAAGAACGGAAUGGUGUUUCAACCCUCCCUCUGCUCCCCACAUGGGUGGUGUUUGGGAGCGAAUGGUGCGCUCGGUGAAGGAAUCUCUCAAGGCGUACGACGAUGGUGGAAAGCUGAACGACGAAAUACUUCUUACAUCCUUGGCCGAAGUAGAAGACUUGAUAAACUCGAGGCCACUUACCUACAUGCCACAAGAGUCCGCAAUUGAAGAAGCUAUCACACCAAACCACUUCAUCAAAGGUUUCUCAUCGGAGAACAAGGAAGCGAUGUGUGAUCCGGUUGAUCUAGGGGACGCUUUACGCAGUAGUUUCAAGAGGUCGCAGCAAAUGACUGAACGUUAUUGGAUGAGGUGGAUUAAGGAGUACUUGCCAACGCUGCAGCAGAGGUCCAAGUGGUUCCAAAAUACGCAACCGAUCAAGGUCGGGGACCUGGUCUACAUAGCCGAAGGUACUCGGAGGUGCUGGGUUCGUGGACGCGUGGUGCAGGUGAUGCCGAAUAAAGAUGGAGUAGUAAGACGAGUCGUGGUGAAAACCAGAAAUGGAGAAUUGAGACGACCAGUGGUCAAACUUGCCGUGCUGGAAGUUGCUGGUGAAGCCGAUGGAUACGGAGGGUCAUCAGCUCCACGGGGCGGGGAAUGUUAG